AUGGUACGGUUUCACAGGAUUGGAGACCCAGUCAUUGAGAAUGAGAAUGUUACCCUUUCUCGUGAUGGAAAAGUCGAGGAAAUCAUAGUUCCCUACGACCGAACUGGAGUGCCGCUUGAAAUACAUAGCCUCGCUACCGGAAAGUCGCGACCAGAACAAGGGCCGGAAGCUGCCUUAGCUGAUCGGAACUGGAGAACCAAGAUUCCACUCAAGAACGGUGAGCUACUUGACUAA